GUUUGGAUUCGACGCGAACGAGCUCUAAGGGUUAAUUAGGGCUUGGAGGAAGAGGAAGAGGAGGAGGAGCGUCGCGCAGCGGCUCCGUCAGUCGGUCGGUAAGAGCUGAGGAAGAGGAGGCAGCUGUUCCUUCAGCUGCGGUCAUGUGACUCUUUAGAGAAGAUGUUUGGCCUUAACAGAGCUUCCAGUGGGCGGGAGGUCUGAGGAGAGGCAAAGGAUCAUGGGAGAUGGAGGGCCCUUGCAGACCGAGGGGAAUGCCCUCCUCAAAGCCGUCUUCCAGGGGAAGCUGCGUCUCGCCCGGUUACUUCUGGAGGGCGGAGCCUAUAUCAAUGAAGGCAACGAACGAGGAGAGACACCAAUAUCUGCUGCUUGCCUGGGGAGCUAUGACGACCCACAGACCCGCCAACGGAUGGUUCGGUACCUGCUGGAGAAAGGGGCCGACCCUAACAUCCCUGAUAAGAGCGGGCGCACGGCGCUGAUGCACGCCUGUGCUGAGCAGGCAGGGAAGGAAGUGGUGUCACUGCUGCUGGAGAACGGUGCAGAUCCCAGCCUCAAAGACUAUUCUGGCGCCUCUGCUCUUGUCCACGCCAUCAACAGGGGAGAUCGCGAGACCCUGCAGGUGUUACUAGAUGCCUGCAAGGCCAAAGGCAAAGAAGUAAUCAUCAUCACCACCGACACUUCUCCAUCAGGCACCAAGAAGACUAAACAGUACCUGAACUCACCGCCCUCCCCAGGCAUUGUGGACAAACUGUCUCCCGCCUGUAUGUCACCUUCAGAUGUAGAGAUCGGCACUUCGUCGCCAGCAGGAGACAAGAGCAAGGAGGGGAUCUUCAGUUUUGCACUCACCUCAGCAUUACCCCUCCCAUCAGCACGGCCUCCAGGUGAGAAAAGGCCCCCUCCUCGAAAGCUCCUGAAGAGGCUAAACUCCGAGCCUUGGGGCCUGGUGGCGCCCUCCAUGUUAAAUGAAGUUCCUCAGGACAGAUUGGAUCAGGGUCUGGAAGAGGAGGGCAGCACAGACGUGAGCAGGAUGGUCUCUGAGAUGAAUGGCCUGUACGUCUCAGACCCGCUGCAACCUCGGUUGUCACGGCGACACAGCAUUGAGACCCAUGACCCCUGUUCACCUAAACCCAUCGACCGGUCCUGCUCUGAGGACUGCACAGGUCUUCCUGCCCCUUCUUGGGCCGACAAGGUCCAGCAGCACCAGAUCCUAUACCGCAGAAAUACAGCUCCAGAGCCCCAGGAAAAUGCCGGGGGGCCAGGGGCAGUGGCACCCCGUGUUCUGGCACACCCUAAACUUACCCGGAUGGAACACUAUGAGUCAGACACCCAUCUGUGUCCAGAGUCCAUCCCUGGAUCUCCAGACUCUGGACGGGUGUCUGUGGAGCGUCGAAGAUACAAUGCCUCCCCCCUCACCCUGUUGACCAGCUCAUCCAGGGAGUCUCUGGAGAACAUUCCAAACUCUGUGUCCCCCAUUACUAUGCGCAGGCGCCAGCCCGGUCUCUUGGAACGUCGGGGCUCUGGAACACUGCUGUUGGACCACAUUUCCCAUACCAGGCCCGGCUUUCUGCCUCCUCUUAAUGUGAACCCCCAAAGACCCAUCCCUGAUAUACGGGCCAACGGAAAGCCCACCUCACCCGUCCACUGCGGACACAAGAUCCUGGUACCCAUGGCCCCCACCUCACCCAAACGGGGCCUUGAGUUUAAGAUGAAGAAGAAGCUGAUGAGAAGACACUCAAUGCAGACAGAGCAGAUGAAGCAACUCUCGACCUUUCAGGAGAUUCUGGCUGAAAAGGUUGUUGAGUCAAAUGGGGAUUGAUUACAGGAGGAUGCAAAGCAUAGUAGGUAUCUACAUCCUCUUCACUGCUGAGGGAGUCCAAACAAAUUUCUGGUGUCUAAAUAAGGCGGUAACAAACAGCAGCUUGGCCGGAACCCCUUGAUUGGACCAGUUUUAGUCUCUGUGAGGUUCAGGUUAAAGGUUCUGAUCAAUCGGUAUGUCCCCUGCAGCAAUCAGUGAUCCCAGUUUGGAGAAUCAGUAAUGAUAGUGGAUACGAUAACCAUGUGCAGUAAAGUCUGGUUUAUGCUCAGACUCCAGGUCGUCUGCGUGUGUGUCGCAGUUAACGCAGAUAUGCCCCACCCCCUUCUGCAGACAUUCUGGUGAACCUCCCCAAAAUUGUAGGUGACCACAGACAGUGCCACAGACAGGAGGCCUCUGAUUGGUCAAUUCUACAUCUGCUCUACACUAUGCGUAUUUCCUGUUUGGUACCUAAUGGCAGGAACUGUGGCUGUAGUGCCGUCCACAACGCCUGGCACACCUCGGACACUAACCCAGACACCGUACAGGACGCUAGUUUGUAGCUCUUUGCAACGGUCUGUUGGUUAGCACCCGAAGCCAGAACACGCAGCGCCACGGCCAGUUUUUGGGAAACACUCACGGGGGAACUGUGUGUCGUCCGGCGUUGGAUGACGGGUUGUAGGCGGCGAACAAGCUUGUCAAACCGACACACGGACAUCCUGAAAUACUUGAAAUGCAUUUCCUCGUCAUCUCUCAUCGGUAGCACAAGAAACACGCCACCCACCACACCUACAGUCCUAGCUAGUUCCUGAUUGUCCCUCUUGCGUUGUGGCGUGGAAUAACAUAGGUUCAAAAUUGGGCAUAAAUCAAAAAUAUCUUUGUCAUACCUGCGACAAGCUAACUGCGACACACUGCUGCGGGAGUAUACACAGCCCUUAAGGGUCCUGAGCCUCAUCAGUCUGACCUAAAGCAUCUUCAGACAGCUACAUCAUGGAAGCAAGAACCACACCUUCUUCAGGUGGGCGCCAGGAUCACUGGCCGAGCCGUACAGAGGAAGUGGUGCUGGUUGGAGCGAAGGAUCUCCUCGACUGACCAGCAAUGAGAACCUCCAAAAUAAUAGCAGCCCCUAUCAAAGUUCU